AUGUUCAGGAGAGAAGGAACCGAGCCAUUCGGCUGCAGGACUUGGACUGAAAUUGAGUUUGUUUCUGUAGUUAAAACAGAAGUCACGACAGAGAGUUCCCCGAUCCAGGGACUGAUGGACCUCGCUGGAAAGAGGCCCAGUUAUCCAAGCACUGCAACCAGCAGCUCGUCUACCAGCAGUGCACAAGGGGAUGUGGAAGACAGGAGGCUGGAGAUGGGGCUUUGGAGAUGUUCUCAUGAAGCGGGGACGGCAGAGAAUAGCCCCCUCCAAGGCCUGCUAAACUGUCUGAAGGAAAUAAUUGUUCAUAAGCGCCAUCAGCCCCACCCAUCGCCCUGCAAAUUGGCCAAGGGCAGCACACGCGGAGACCCAGGGCAGAGGAGGCUGGAGAGCGAGGAUGGGAGCUCGUCUGUAGAAGUGAAAACAGAAGUAACCGCGGAGGAUCCACAGGACCCCAGCUUGGAGAGCGGCCCAUCAGCCAGGCCUGUGAGCAAAGCCAGCCCUCCUGCCAGGCCGUCCAGCUGCUCCUUCCCUAGCAGGGCGGAAGGAGAGGCCGGGGGUAGGAGCCUAUUUGGCGAAGGAGCUGUUAAAAGGGAAGGAGCUGCGGAGAGCUCCCCUGCCCAGGGCCUGCUGAGCUGCUGGAGAGACGUGACCAGCCCCUGUCGUCCUGCCCGCCCAGCCUGCAGCCCCUCCACCAGCAGCGCCCACCAGGGGGCGGAGCAGAGGGGGCUGGAGCCGGGGCCCUGGCGUGGUCCUUGGGAAGAGGCGGCGCUGGAGGACUCCCCGCUGCGCGGCCUGGAGAACUGCCUGAAGGACAUCGCUGUGACCAGCCCCCGUUGCUCCCGCCCGCCCGCCAGCCACGGCGCGCAGAGAGCCCAGGGGGAGAGGCCAGGGCAAGGAGCUGGGAGCCUGGCUGCCGAAGAAGCAGCGAUGGAGGAUUCCCCCCUGCGUGGCCUGCUGAGCUGUGUGACAGACGUGGCCGUACCCUCCCCCCAGCAUCCCAGCCCGCUGACCUGCAGCGCCUCGACCAGCGGCGCCGAGCGGGAGCCGGAGCCGAGGGGGUGGGAGGCCGGGCUCUGGAACUCGUCCCCUGAAGAGGUGACGCCAGGGACCAGCCCCCUCCACGACCUGGCGAACUGCCUGCAGGAAACACUUGUCAGUACAUCCUGGGCUCCCCGAGUGCUGGCCUGCAACGCGGGAGCAGAUGUGUCACCGAGGAGACCUGCGACGGGCGUGGUGCGGAGCUGGUGUGGAGACGGUGAGCCCAAGAACACACGCGCUGUCACACCGUGGGUCUUGUCGACGGCUGCCCGGCUUGCUGGAGGGUCCCAGCUGCCCACAGACAUCAGCACGGAGACCUCGCCACUCCGAGGUCUGGAGAACUGCCUGAGGGACAUCCCGGUAAAUAAACCCCGCUACCCCCACAUGCCAGCCAGCAUCGCCGUGACCAGCCCCUCGCAGAGAGACAUGGGACAGAGGAGGCCAGGGGUCAGGACAAGGAGGUCGCUUGGAGAAGACGUCAGUACAGAAAAUUCACCGCUGCGAGGCCUGGAGAACUGCCUGAAGGACAUUCCUGUGCCUAGCCGUAGUCAGUCCAAUACCCCAGGCAGCCGCUCCUCUCUGAGCAGCUCACCGGAUCCACGGGGCAGACAGGAGACCGCGGGGUGGCGAGUGAAAACAGAAGCAGGGGCCGUCUCCGAGGUCACGCCACCCCUCCAAGGCCUGGAGAACUGUCUGAAGGACAUACCCGUGACCAGGCCCAGAGGCUCCAGUGCAACAACUAGUUCCUUCUACACCAGCAAAGUCCCGGGAGAGGUGGAGCAGAGGAGACCAGUGCCGAGGCCCUGGAGAGCAUGCGCGGCAGGUGCCCAUGACACGUCCCAGCCGGCCCUGAUGCUGGGGGGUUGUAUGGUUAAACCAGCAGCAAGUGCGGAGAGCUCCCCCCUCUACGGACUGAUGAACUGCUUGAAGGAAAUACCCGCCGGCCGGCCGCGCUAUGCCAGCAUCCCGUCUAGCUACUCCUCCAGCAGCAGUGCCGACGGGGAGAGGGACCCGUGGGGCGCCGGGCCGGGGACGUGGAGGUGGGGCACUGAAGAACUGAGCCCCGAGAACUCCCCUCUCCGAGGCCUGGAGAAGUGCCUGCAGGAGAUCUCGGUGCCCAGGCCCCAGACCCCCAGCUGCCCAGCCACAGCCGCUGUGGUGGGCAGCCGGCAAGGAGACACAGCGCAGAGGAGGCCAGAGACGGGGCAUUGGGACUGGCCCGGUGCAGCUACAGCCAGUGCCUGUGUCCAGGGCCCACAGCGCUGUCUGAAGGCUCUGCCUGGAACCAGACCCAGCCACGCCAGCCGCUCGUCUCCCCACAGCACAGCGGGAUGCAGCAGCCCAGAGGCUGGGAUUUCGAGAUUUCAGGCUGAAGAUAAAAGGCAAGCGGAAAACCUCCCAGGCCUGGAGGAUUAUUUGGAGGAAGUAGCAGCGCCCAGAUCCCGUCCUGCCCAGUCCCCUCCCAGCAGCGCUCGGGGAGACGCAGAGCGGGAGGAAUGGGAUGUGCACACGAGGAGUUCCGGUAGCAGAGAAGUGGCGGCGGGGAGCUCGCCCUGCCCCAGGCUGAACUGUGUGAAAGAGAUCACUGCCGACAGAGCAACGCCUUCCUCGCCGCCUGCCCGCGCUGCGCAGGGAGACGUGACGCAGCACAGAGCAGAGAGCAGGGGGAGGAAGCUGUCUGGGGAAGACAGUACGGCCGAGACUGCCCAUCUCCCAGGCCUGGAGACUUGCUGGAGCGCAGUGCCUGUGAGCCAAUGUAGCUGGGCCAGCACCCCCCUCGGCAUGUCCUCCAGCAGCAGCCCCCGCAGGGCCGGGGGGCAGAGGGGUCCACAGCCAGGGCUUUGCAGGCUGCACAGAGAAGGGCCUGGGACCCCCACUCACAGACCAGGCCCCCGUUGUGCCAGGCGCUGGACAGACACAGAGCAAAGAGGGUCCCUGCCCAGAGCCGAAGUGAUGCCAGCUGACGCCCCUCGCUCUGGCCCCGCGACCUGCCCACAGGGAACCCAUGGAAACGGGCCCGGUCGUUCCAACACGCCGAGCAGUACCUCGCCUGCCCACAAUGCACUGGGCCACAGGCAUCCUAGGAGACCCAGGACAGGGAUUAAGAGACCAUACACUGAAGCCAGGACCGACGCUGCCCGACCCCCCAGCACCGGCUCCUGCACUUCUGGUGAGGAUGGUGGACAAAAGGCGGAUGCCGCGUGGGAGGAAUGUCCCAAGAGACCAUGCCCCUGGGAGUGCUGCGGCUGGGAGAGCGGGACGCCCCGGGACCUCAGGGUGGAGAGGAGCGCGAUCGAGGCCGGCCUCUCAGAGAAGCUGGAGCGGGUCUCCCAGGAUUUCGCGGCCAUGUACAGGGACGUGUCGAGCAUGCGGAGCCGCGUGGCCCAGCUGGAGCGGGACUCGAGGGGCUGGGCUCUCGAGGUGGCCGUCCUCCAGAAAGGCAACAAGCGCCUGAGCGAGACCGUCCGGUGGCUGGAGAGCCGCUGCCACGUGCUGGAGAACCGCGCCCGCCGCAACUGCCUGCGGCUGGCGGGCCUGCCGGAGGGGGCGGAAGGGGGAGACCCCGUCGCCUUCCUGCAGAGGACCCUGCCCACGGUGCUCCGCCUGCCGGCGGACUGGCCGCCCCUGGAGAUCGAGAGCGCGCGCCGUGUGCACGGGGGGGCGCGCUGGGACCCUGCCUCCCGGCCCCGGGCGCUGGUCUUCCGCCUGCUGCGCUUCUCCGACAAGCUGGCCAUCAUGCGAGCGGUCAGGAAACGCGCGGAGCCCCUGACCUGCGGCGGCGCCAGGGUCGCCCUCUUCCCGGACGUCUGCCCCAAGCUGCGCCGGAGGAGGGGGGCGCGGUACGCGGCCGUCAGGAGGCUGUGGCGGGCGGCGGAGCUCCACUUGGGCGCUCCGCCCUCCGGCUGCUGCCACGCCCGGGCACAAGGACACUGGGAGCCGCUGCCCAGCCCGCCGGGCCGCACGCCGGCUGCAGACGAACAGGGGAGCAGAGUCACCAAAGGGCAGUGACAGAGGGGGGGACUUGGAGCUGCUGGUUCCGCUCACCCCCCUGAGUCACAGGGUCCGUCUCCAUUCUGCCCCGGAGACCACAGCGCCCCCCAGGUCCGGCCUGGAGCUCUCCGGAUUCCCGGACAGUAGCUAAAUGCCAGCACUUGGCUGUGUGAUUCCAGCGUGUCUGCGGGGGGGGGCUCUGGGCGGGGGCCUGGGCUAGGGUCAGGCACUCGGAUUUGCUUUGCUCCCCCUGACAAUUGCUCCUGGCCAGCUGGGGAGAAAUGUACAAUUCCCCUUUUGCCCCCUGUCCAUCGCCACUGCUCAAGCCGGUGUCUUUUCUGUCCAGCUUCUAACCAGCCCCCGACCCUGGGUGAGUCGCACACGCUGCUACGUCUCGGCAGCAACUUCCCAGGGAAGAGCCUUCGGGGGCCCGGCCUGUGCAUGCAGGGGCAGAAACCUCCCUGGUGCAUCUCACUCACAGGGCCGUUGUCAGAGUACAGGCACCGCCGCGGACUUCCAGCUCCCCGGGCACUGCCCUCGCCCAGGGGGAGCUGAGGAUAAAGGCUGUCAUGGGCUUUCUGGGCUGGUCCUUUCCCCUGUUUGUUUAUCUACUUCCACGGGCUGGAUCCACCGCCCACAGACAUAUGCUUAUUCCCCAUCACUUCGGCUCUCCGCUUUGCUGCCCAGUUCCCUACUCUCCUCUGCAACUCCCCAGGCAUCUCCCGGCACUCUGCAGAGUUUCUGGUUUUUCGGCACAGGGAGAAGCUACCAGAUUUGGAGCCCUCUGCACCCGGAACGAGUCCCACCCCCCACGUGCAUGAGCCCUGCCUUGGAGGGACCAUCUCUGAGCACAGAGGGAAGUUCAUUCUCAGUGGCCUCCUUCCUCCCUACCCGGCCGAGACGACAAACAAAGGGACCGAAGGCUCGAUCCUGCCAGGUGCUGUGCACUCUGGCCCCGCUGCAGCCAAGCAUGUUAGCUUGUGCUUAGCUUUAAGGACUGGGUAACCCCUCUGAAGUCGGUGCUUUCCUGGAUCGCGGUCUGAGCGCUUAGCGCCGCAGGAUUGAGCCCUAAAUGGGGCUGGGUGAUGCUGACACCCACCCACUCCGUGCCCAGCUGCACCCGCCAACUCUCCCAGCAGCCAUCCGUGCGCGAGCGGGGCUGGACUUGAACUGGAGACCUGCAGUGAAAGGUUCCUGCGCCCUAAUCUCACCCUGAUCUCAUCUCAACAGGCCCCGAAAUGCCGAUCUCCCAACAGAGAGUUUAUGCAAUGUGUUCCCAAACUGUCCUGUCUGUGCGUACCGUCCUGCGUGUAAAGCACAGGUCUGAGCAGUGAGGCUGAAUACAGACUGGAGCUAGGCAGGACUACGGUAGAGGAUGUGCCGUGUAUCGGGCCAGGCAGCCCUGGAGUGGUUGCCUGGACGAUCCCAGCAUUUUACGAGUUAAUCAGUCCAAUGAAUCAUCCUGUUUGCUGAACAGAAGUGACAGGUGCCUCCCUGGAUACGUAUUUAUUAAGUUCCCUUAGCUGGCCCAUGUCUCAGCCAAAAUUUACUGGAGCUGGAAUGUCUUCGUCUUCAAGACGCCCUCUGCCUAUUCCCACUGGGCAGCUCAACGACGUCUGGGUACAGGUGAGUCACCUUCCGGUACCCACACCUGCCGCUUGAGUUCACCCCCACCCCCAGCUCUGCCAGUGCAUUGCACCGGGGCCUGCUUUUCUGUGUUGGGCGGUGGCUGCGCUGCAGAGCAGGAGAGCGCUAACCCCGCUGGCUCCCCCGUCGGUCUCAACUUUGCUCUAACUUGGUGGCCCUAUUCAGUAGCCAGGGGGCACUGGGGGCCUGAUUCUGACCUCUUACCAGCAAUAUUGGGAGCGACUCCGCCGUCGGGAGCGGAGCCGGGCUGGAAUCCGGAGUGACGCCGCCGUUGGGAGCGGAGCCGGGCUGGAAGCGGGAGUGACGCCGCCGUUGGGAGCGGAGCCGGGCUGGAAUCCAGAGUAACUCCGCCGUUGGGAGCGGAGCCGGGCUGAAAGCGGGAGUGACGCCGCUGUUGGGAGUGGAGCCGGGCUGGAAGCGGGAGUGACGCCACCAUCGGGAGCGGAGCCGGGCUGGAAGCGGGAGUGACGCCGCUGUUGGGAGCGGAGCCGGGCUGGAAGCGGGAGUGACGCCGCCGUCGGGAGCGGAGCCGGGCUGGAAUCAGGCGCUUCGUGGCCCGGGCUCCCUCCUGUUGACAGCAUGGUGUUUGAAAUCCUUUCCUGCUGCCGGGGCGGGCGGCACAUGGCUGUGCUGAUUUCCCUGUGUUCUGUGCUCACGGUGCAGUGGGGCUGCAUUAAAACACUGAUUUGUAAAGCU